AAUACAUUGUGUAUUACAACACUCCCGGAAAGAAAGGAUCCUUCACAUACUUGACCUAUCUUCCACCAUAAGGUACACGAAUGCAAAGUGGGUGAGGUACCACAGCCGACCCCGGCCCGACAGCUGUGCGGAUUUACUGCACUUUAUUUACAUAAAGAAGGAGCCCAUGCUCAUAUUACAGCAGUAAGGGGCCACUGCGGUUCACCCUGCACACAGCACAGAUGACGCGGCUCAGGGUUAAAUCGAUGUAAUGAUGUAAUAGAGGCGUAACUAAAACUGUUCCGCCACAGACUCGGAAUAUUAAAUAAAAUCCAGUUCCAAUCUUCAGUGCAGGAGAGGACGCCAGAUGUGGAGUCUUAAUGAAAUGUAUCAUGCAGAACAUACAGGUAGGUGGCCAUAACAGCUGGAUUAUGUACGGAGUCAUUAAACUCUGUGGAUAAUAUGUUAAGUACUUGCAUUGGAGAUAAGGAGUGGAGCAGAGAGAAGAGGUCAUUAUAGGGAUGGGGCAGAGAGAAGAGGUCAUUAUAGGGAUGGAGCAGAGAGAAGAGGUCAUUAUAGGGAUGGAGCAGAGAGAAGAGGUCAUUAUAGGGAUGGAGCAGAGAGAAGAGGUCAUUAUAGGGAUGGGGCAGAGAGAAGAGGUCAUUAUAGGGAUGGGGCAGAGAGAAGAGGUCAUUAUAGGGAUGGGGCAGAGAGAAGAGGUCAUUAUAGGGAUGGGGCAGAGAGAAGAGGUCAUUAUAGGGAUGGGGCAGAGAGAAGAGGUCAUUAUAGGGAUGGAGCAGAGAGAAGAGGUCAUUAUAGGGAUGGAGCAGAGAGAAGAGGUCAUUAUAGGGAUGGGGCAGAGAGAAGAGGUCAUUAUAGGGAUGGAGCAGAGAGAAGAGGUCAUUAUAGGGAUGGAGCAGAGAGAAGAGGUCAUUAUAGGGAUGGAGCAGAGAGAAGAGGUCAUUAUAGGGAUGGGGCAGAGAGAAGAGGUCAUUAUAGGGAUGGGGCAGAGAGAAGAGGUCAUUAUAGGGAUGGAGCAGAGAGAAGAGGUCAUUAUAGGGAUGGAGCAGAGAGAAGAGGUCAUUAUAGGGAUGGGGCAGAGAGAAGAGGUCAUUAUAGGGAUGGGGCAGAGAGAAGAGGUCAUUAUAGGGAUGGGGCAGAGAGAAGAGGUCAUUAUAGGGAUGGGGCAGAGAGAAGAGGUCAUUAUAGGGAUGGGGCAGAGAGAAGAGGUCAUUAUAGGGAUGGAGCAGAGAGAAGAGGUCAUUAUAGGGAUGGAGCAGAGAGAAGAGGUCAUUAUAGGGAUGGGGCAGAGAGAAGAGGUCAUUAUAGGGAUGGAGCAGAGAGAAGAGGUCAUUAUAGGGAUGGGGCAGAGAGAAGAGGUCAUUAUAGGGGAAGGUGCAGAGAGAAGAGGUCAUUAUAGGGAUGGAGCAGAGAGAAGAGGUCAUUAUAGGGGAAGGUGCAGAGAGAAGAGGUCAUUAUAGGGAUGGAGCAGAGAGAAGAGGUCAUUAUAGGGGAAGAUGCAGAG